CAACCAGAAAUUUACUAUUUUCAGAAUUUAUAAGGCGAUUAUUUUCAUCAUCUGAAACUGUCUUUCCACGGAACGAAACACGUUCUUACAGGUCUGAUUUCUUACAUAGGCACGUGAAGAAUUCUAAUUUUUAUUGUCGAAAGAAGAACGAAAAUCUCGCCAUAUUUCCUCGCUCGUUUCAGCGGAACAGAACAUUCCUUCGUACGCAUCGAAUCGAAAGUUUUAAUUUCCUAUUUAGAAUCUUGAAAAUAAGUUUAUAUUUGUACAGAAUUGUAAAAAAAAGAAAUUAUUUUAAAUUAUGGAAGUUUCGGAAAGUAUCGUUGUAAAUAGUUCUGUUGGUAACACACCAACUAAAAGUCCGUGGGGGAAGACUCCAAAUGUUGUACCUUGCUCGUUUUCUGCUGUUAUGGAUGAAGAAGUGGCUAAAGAAUUGCAAGCUAAAGAAGAUUAUCUCGCGGGUUAUCACUUGCAAGGAAGCACGAUUGAUUCUCCUGAGUCAAUAUUUAAAGGUACUAUACAUGUAAUAAUAUUGAUUGUUUAAGUAACAGUCUAGUGUGACUUUUUUGGGACGAUCCGUUUCCUUGGCUUUUUGCUUCAGUCAUUGCUCCUUAGUAUCUUUAUAUCUGGAAAAAAUGUGACUGUGAGGUUUUUUUCUUGAGAGCCUGCUUAAAUCAUGGUCACCAGGGUAAGACGGACACCAUGGUGUGUACCGUUAGUGUCUGUAUUAAAGAGGCUGGUCAUUUUAUUGCCUGUGAGGAGAAGAGAAACAAUGUUGCUGGGGGAUGAUUUUCAAAAUCUUGAUAGACAUUAAUCUUGAUAUUUGAUGUGGGGAUCAUUUUAAUAAAUUUCAUGAAAGUAGUACAAAGCAGUAGCAAUUGUGAAUUGAAAUUGAAUGUACAGUAGAACCCCGGAAACUCGAACUCUGAAGGGAAACGGAAAACAGUUUGAGUUAGCAAGGAAUUCAAGUUAUCAGGGUAAAUCUCAGUUCAAGGGAAAGGAAAUUCAGUGCGAGUUAGCCGGGAAUUAGAGUUAUCGGAGUUUCAAGGUUCUACUGUAGUUCAGUGGUAAAUAAUAAACCAAAAUUUGACAUGAUUUGUAGCUGGAAUAUUCCCAGUUUCCACUGCAAUCAGGUAGAGGUGGUGACUUUCACAGUACAUGUAUAAAUUAUAAAGUUUAUGUGGGUCAUUUCAAAAAAAAGCUAGGAUGAAUAAAUAUUUAUUGAGGGGUCAGUUUAAAUUUUUUUAAAAAAUAACUAGGUUUACUUGCAUGGUUUUGUUUUCCAGGAAGCUCUAGUCCAGACACUGAAAAUGAUUUUCUCUUGGCCCAAAUGCUUCAGCUUGAAUAUGAUAAAGAGAAUGAUCGUUCAAUUGACUCGAUGGAAAAGAGAUACAAUGGGGAAAGCAAAGGUAUGUACAUGUUAGAAUGGUUUCCUGCAGGUUGUUGCCACUUGAUAUCACAUUUCUGUAUUAUUUUUGUGACAGCAAAAAGAAAAAAUAAUAUAGUUAGAGUACCUUAUUCUUACUAAUUUUCGCAAGUAUUAAAUUUCGCAAUUAUUUAGCGAUUUGAAAACAUUUUCACUGUAAACUAGACAGGGCUUCUGAUAGGUUGUGGGAGAAAAAGUCAAAUUUCGCGGGAUUUUUAGGGACAAAUUCGCGAAAAAAUCGGCCGACUUUGUGGGAAUUUCGUGGGAGUUUUUGGGGCAAACUUCACCAAAAAGCAAUUGGUAGAAAACGGCAGAUUUUGUGGUUGUUUUCAAGGCAAAUUUCACUAGAAAUCGAUCGGUUUUGCGCUGAUCAGACCAGCAUUUUUAACGUUUUUCUAACAGAGGUCAUCAUUUGCUGUUUCAACAACAAUACGUUCCAGAAAUGAACCAAUGGCAAAGCCUUUAACAUCAUAGCUAGUGCCCAGUUUUUCACAACAUAAGCUAUGCCUGGUAGUUUCAGAACGUUGUUAGCACGUUUCAGUGGCAAAGUUCCAAGAUAAAUUUGCAAGGUUACGGCCAGUAAACAGCUCCUAUAGCUGUAUUAAAUUUCAAAUAAUGUUGUACAGACAUGUAUUUGAUAAGAUUUCUACCGAAUUUCGUCGUAUUUUUCGUGUUUUUGUGAAUGUGGGGGAUUUCAUGGAUUUACCUGAAUUUCGCAGCUCAGCAACUGUGCAAAAUAUCAAAAGCCUUAAUAGAGCCCUGCAAAUACCCAAGACUUCUCCAUAACAAUUAUUUAUGGAGACCGCAUGCUAGCAUUGUCUUGUGUUUAACCUAGCCUAAAUUGAAUUUACAUUUAGCCACGUUUAAGGAAACAACAGUUGAAUGGCCAAAACAAUGUUCCUAACCGUAAAUAUUGUAGCUAGCCAUUUAUUCUUUGUAUUUUUGCUCCUUUCAGUGUCGGUGUCAUUUGAUCAUUUUCGUAAUGUCCAUCCAAUGCUAAAAGAAGAUUCAUCAAGUUCCUCAGAUUCAGAUGAGUGGGAUGAGGAUGAUCUGGGUAAAGUAACUUAUUAUUGUUGUAUGAUGUUAUUGUUAGCUCACUACUGAUACUCAGAAAAAGUGUCUGUUCAUCUCGGACUGGUAGUUUGUGUCAUUCUUAUAGAGAGCUCAACUUCCAAAGCCUAUUUUGCCGCUCUGAUCUGUCAACAAUAAUAUGGUAGUUGUUAGAUCUGUGCCCAGGUGCAGAUCUAGGAUAGAUACUUACUGAUUUCCUAAAUGAGCGCCUUCUAGUGGGGUCCAGGGGCGGGCUCCCCCAGGACAUUUUUUAGAUUUUUACUCCUUAAAGUUCCUUUUCCUGGGUUUCUAAGUCAUUCAAACAGGAAUGUAUUGGCCAGAUUUAAACUUGAAAAGUGUGUUUGAUUGUUAAAUAUAUAUUUAUUAUUAAAAAUGUGACCGAUUUCAGUAAAACAGUGGAAACCGUGUGGAUCCCAGCCUGUGUGCUCGCUGUUGUCUGUUUUCGUUAUUAAAUCUUCCUAAUUUUUCCAAUCAAACCCUUUACUCAUUAAUCUCUAAGGUUACUUAGACUCUACUAGUCUUGUAUUUUGACUCUUCAACCCCUUGCCAUUAGUGUUGCUCAUGUAACCACCAUGCUGAACUCCCAGUAUUUUUUAAAGAAAUAUAUGUUAUAGGUUGAACUUUUUUGCUUACUCAUCAUCAAGUAUGGUCAUGUUGACCGACCAAACAAGUUUUAACUCUGUUGUGGUUCAUGGCUUAUAAAAACUAUAGCUAGCAAUGUAUUACAUGUACCACUAAGUAGCUUUCACAAAGCCACUGAACGAAAACGUCAGACAGCAUCUCAUCUGUAUUCUCCACAUUUUUAACUGAAAAUGAUUAAAAUAUUUUAUGAUUUGACUGUUCUAUUGUAAUUUACAGAAUUAAUGUGAAUAAAUUUAUUUUUCCAGUUAGAUACUUGAAAGCCACACAUUUAACUGGUCAAAAUGACCAUGUGCGACUGUUAUUAAUCUUGAACCCAGUAUACCUAAGAUUCUGGCAAUCUGCCCGCUCACCCGCCCUCUCCUCUCUUAGCAUUUUCCCAUAAGGAAAAAAGUUAGUGUUUAUGUUUUUUGGGGGGAGGUGGGGAUGGAUACUUACAGACGUCAACAAUUUUAACUGCAUGGUCCUCUGUCUUUGAUAACCCUGCAGACCACCCUACACCUCCUAAACCUCCACCUAAUCAAUCACCUGGCAAGAAAAAAGAGAUUAUCACCAAACAUGACUCAACAGUGUGUGGACGUCGCAAUGUUAAGAUCAUGGAAAAGGUAUGUGUAGUGAUAAUUAUUGCUGUUAAUCUUUUAACUCUGCUUAUACACUGUAUUCUCCAGAAUACCAAAAUACUAAAAAAACACCAAUAUCGUCUUGUAUCAUGAUGCCUUCUUUGAAGACGUUGGUUUUUAUUGUAUUAUAUAUCUCCUGUUAAGCUCUCCUCUCUAGAAACCCCCCUCCCCCCCCCUCCACUUUAUAGAGGUGGGAAAGAAAAGUUAUUCACCUCACCAUCCACAUCCCCCUCAUUAAGUUUUACACUCAAAAUAAUAUUAACCAAUUUACUCCUGAGAAUUUGCCUUAAAAUGCGUUUUGAAGCUACCAGAGCCGUUUUCUGGUGACUGUCUGGUUAUUAAGAGCGAAAAAUUACCACAAAGCCAUUUACAGGUGGUACACUUCACAGCCUUCUGAUCCAGAUGCAAAAUUUUUCCAUACAAUUAUUUUGCUAUUACCUUUUGACGAAUUUCAUUUGUUAUGCCGAGGACUGUGUUAUAUAUAGAGGUUCCUUAAAAGGACGUUCCACUGUACUUAUAUCACACCUAACCACCCUUAAAAGGUUAAGGAUAAAGUAUCCCCUGUACAAAUCUUUGUUUUGUACCCCAGGGUUAGCCUCCCACUCCCGGCAGACGUUUGUAAGGCCCCAUUUGUGGGGCAGGAAUGCAUGACGAAGCCAUAAGAAUAUCAGCGUAGGGAGCUACAUAUACCCCAGGCUUUAAGCUUGCUUACAAACAAAUGGUGUCAGAGAGUAAACAUUUUCUUUAUUAAUCUUGCUAUGGUCGUAUUUAAUUUCAGUUUCCACCAAGUUUUGCUGCAGGAAAUGUGGGCAGUGAAGAGCUGGACCUCAAGCUUUCUAACAGUGUGUUCAAUACGUUAAAACAGCACUCUUACCGCGAGGAAAGGCAAAGUGCUCGCCUUCACGAGAAGAAGGAACAUGCAACACAUGUAAGGAGAUGGUUUUAACUGUAGGAAGGAGUCUACCAUGCAAACAGGCUUCCCUGGUGUAGCCUGCGAAUGCAGACGUUAUCUCGGUCAAGCGACAACCAGGAAUGGGUCUGCAUUCACAGGCUACCCUUGGUGAUUUGUGGACUGGAUUUGAGGAAAUGGAUAAACAACGUUAGAUCCGACGUAGUCUUACACGCAGCCUUUUUGUCCUGUCAUGCAAUGCUUCUUGUCACGCAAUGCUCUCCAACCCUGGAGUGUUGCGUGAUAAGAAUGCGCAGAAACGCUUGCUGCACAGGCUAAUACUUGAAUCUUUUAACCUUACAGUCUUUCACGCAGCCUUUUUUGUCCUGUCACGCAAUGCUUCUUCUCUCCCCUCCAGGAGCAUUGCAUGAUGAGAAGAAAACGGCUGCGUUCAAGACUAGUUGGAUCUCUCCGUUCCAACUUUCGCAAACAACUUGCUCAGAAUCGCUUGCUACACAGUCUAAUACUUGAAUCUUUUAAAGUUGGCUCGAUAACAUGGUCUAGAAAACAAAAACAAAAGUGAAAGCCUCUUUAACAGGAGUUUUGUUUGGUCUGAUUUGCGUUUGAACAUUUUACAAGUUUUCUUCUGGUCUUGAUUGUUUUUGCUGCAAUGUUGUUUUUUAGGAACAAGUGCUGGACCCGAAAACUAGGUUGAUGUUGUACAAGCUGGUUAAUGGCGAAGUUCUUGAAGCUGUAAAUGGCUGCGUCAGUACUGGAAAGGAGGCCUGCGUGUUCCAUGCGAAUGGAGGAAGGUUGGUAAAAUAGAUCCAUCACUAACGUGAGAUAAUUAACAAUUAUUCCACGAGUGGCGUUGGAUAUGAGAUGGUAGAUAGCCACAAAAUAUCGAGAAUUCUUCCUGACUUUAUUUGUAAAAUUUGAGCAGACGCGUACAGUUUCCAUAUUUGGAGAGCUUGGUAUAGUGGCUCACAUACCUUGAUGGCUAAGCCAAUCAGAGCUCUAUAAUAACAUUAUCCAAUGAUUCAGUUUUUAAUGAUAUAGUCUUUUUAACGAAAUUUGGGGAAUUUCUCAUUUAUUUUGUCCAAUAUUAAUUGUAGCUCUACUUGGACACGUUUUCACUAAUUGUCGCCUUCUCAGGAAAGCCGUAAGCGAAGCUUCAGAAUUAGUUAGCCUUUUAAACCUUCUAACUGCUUUAUGAAGUAGAAGUCAAAUCUUCAAUCUUGUGACGAGUGAGGUGGGGAUGAACAAUAUGCACCCAGCCCCACCCCUCUCUAACCACCCGAUUUGAAACUCCCGGUCAGUUUACUUAUUCCAAGUAAUUUGAGGUAAUUUCGGUGAAAUUGAUGUUGUGGCUUGGUGUGAGACUCCAAACGUAAUGGACAUAUCUUGUCUUAAGUAUCGCUAUUGAGAAACCCAAGGUACAGUUUUAUAAUCCCUUUGAAGUACUCCUGGUUGGAGGCAAUUGAAUUUAGUAGAGACACUUUUGUCAUUCCUUUUUCUGUUCAACAUCAAAAGGCGAGAAGAAGAACCAAUGCCAGAAGAGUGUGCCGUAAAAGUGUUCAAGACAACGCUGAAUGAAUUCAAGACCAGGGAUCGUUAUAUCAAAGACGACCAUCGCUUUAGAGACCGCUUCAGCAAACAGAAUCCAAGGAAGAUAAUCAAGCUGUGGGCAGAGAAGGAAAUGUGUAACCUUAGCAGGUUUGUUGUUUCUUUCGUCACUCCGCCUUGUCUUGUGCAGAUUUCUACUGACUAAGAACAGUUAUCCAAUAUCAGCUAUAUGAAAGACAAAUUCUUUUCGCAAAAAUACUUUUAGAAUCAGAAGAAACUUGUUUUCCUUCGAAUUCUCGUUGAUACCUGAUAUCUUUCGUUUCUUUGAAUUACUCCUUGGCAGUUUCCCCACGGCUCCCAUUAACAACCUGAAAGCAUAAGAGUUUACUACGGAUAGUAUUUCGGCUAUUUCACUUAGCCCGCAGAGACCAUGUCACGUUGUUUUAUCAAUGUAACUUCGUCUCAACGAAAGUAAAAAUCGAGUAAUCGAAUAACAACACGUAAGCGAAAUGACCUGACACGUGAGCGAAACGACCUAACACGAAGCGAAACGACUCGUUGGCGAAAUGACCGUAAACUACUCGUGGACUGAAUUUUUCUUUUUUCUUUUAUUUCGUGAUUUAAAAUUUAGCUCCGGCCCCAAAGGUUGUCGGGACUUUCGAGAAACGGGUCUCAGAGCCAAGUACGUAAAGAGAAUAGAAAACUACACCGUUGUUUGUUCAUGUUUUUUUAAAUCAUGAAUAAAUGAAUGUACCAAAAGGUUGUUUAACGUCCAGAGUCGUAGUUUUGCUUGAUAACCUGACGUUCUCGUUCCUGUCACUGUCGUUGUUGGGUAAACCUCCUGUUAACUUUUAUUUCUAAACUUUGUUGCAGGAUGCGUAAAGCUGGUAUCCCUUGCCCUACUGUGGCACUGUUAAAGAAACAUAUCCUGGUCAUGAGCUUUAUUGGCAAGGAUCAAAAACCCGCUCCUAAGCUGAAAGACGCUGUUCUUUCCUCGCGACAGUUGCAAAAGGCUUAUGAGCAAUGUGUCGAGGUAAGAUGUAUUGUAGGCUAGGAUAGAUGUACUUGUAGAACGUCAGUGGUCUCCUCGGCUGUUUCUAGACAAAGAUUUCCAAGAGGGUGUUUUUUCUGAAAAUUUGCAAGACCACAAACAAAGAGUUCAGAACAUUAUUAAUAAUAACGUUGAAAAACGCUUUUAUGGUGAACGGCGAACGUAAGUGCCCCAUUUACUGUUGGCCGUGAACUGCACUAGUCUGUUAAAGGCAAGAUUUACCGUUACUGAAACUUUCACAUGUAUCGGCCUCCACUCGGUCAGGUUACGGCCUCAAAUGGUAGAAUAUACAGUUAUCAUAAUAAUCUCUAUAUCAUGGCCACGGUCUCUAUGCCCCAAUACGACAGGUUCCGAGGCAGUCAAUCUGAAAUGUCAUCCGGCUCCUCGCCCCACCCCUAACGGGCGGCAAGUCUCUCUCGCUUUGCAGCCCGUUGGCGGGUGGGGUCAGGAGACGGAUGAUGUUUCAGACUAGCAUCGAGUGACAUCUGGAAUAUCAACUUUUCGAGCGGUGUUGCGUGCAUUUCUGUCUCGUAUCAGAUUCGCUCUGACCACGGGCGCUUACCGUAAGUCAGAACCGGCCGGCGGGACUGAUCAUUAGGGAGUUAAGCAACGAGAACGGCAAAAAAGCAAUAGGUUUAGGGCCUGUUUACAUGGAGGUGGGGACCGCGGAUACGUGAGGUAACAUGCGGAGGGUCACCCCACCUAUCAUGUAAACGUGAUCAAAUUAAAAUGAGAGAUUAUUUGGGCGGCGGGUUACCCCACCUAAGCGGGUUACCUCGCCCACCUGGGCUCCCCCCACCUCCAUGUUAACAGGCCCUUAGGCUGGCAAAACUGCAACUUUGCGCGCGCGUCACGCUUUUUUGUACAUUUCUUUACCGCCACUGCACGACUACGACGUGAAACUGCCUAAUUUCACGUUUGUGGAGGAUGUGAACUUACGACAACGAUGUUCGUUUUCUUUUUGUGAACUUAGAUACAGUCCUUUAGAAUUCAUCUCCCGAAAAAGUCGCCAACAUGUGGCAAUUUAAAAGAGUUCUAAUAAGAGCCAUGAAGUUUGAUUCAGCGCGAAUUCACUUUUUGGGUGACGUUUUCGAUGUCGUUGCCGUCGUCGUGGCUUAAGCUCACUAUUUGAAACAAAAUUUGGUCGUUUCUCAAAAUUUCCCCAAUAUACAGACUGAUCUGGUUUGAUAGUCCUCUUUAAUUGUGGAAUUCUCUAUACAACUGGACUGGUCUGGCCAGCCCGGCAGUUCCGACAAAUGGAAACCAUACAGGGCUGUGCUCUAGCAGAGCCCGGUGGCCCCUGGCGCCUAACUUUUGCCCUCGGGCGACUAGAAAAUCACAGAUUUUUCAUACAAGUCAUAUGCUGGGCACCCUAGAUUUUACAGAUUCAGAGGACUGGGCUCCCUUCAAUUUUCCUUAGAGCACAGCCUUGCCAUACUAAGGGUUAGUACUCGAAACGUCGGCUUCUCAACCUGCACAUGGUGGCCGACUUACUCUAUCCCCUCAGUUGUCAAAACCAAAUUUUUCUAUUUCACCCCCCCCCCCCAGGCCCCCCACCGACAGGCGACCACGAUUUCUUUAGAAACUAACCUUGAAUUUCUUUAGAUGUGUGAUACAUGUAGUACACAGAGUUAUGAGAAUUGCCGACAGAAGCACUCUAAUGGCACGAGUCUUCUAUUUUUAGAUAAUGUGCACAAUGUACCAAAAAUGCAAACUAAUCCACGCGGAUCUGAGCGAGUACAACAUGCUCUGGCAUGAAAACAAGGUGUGGUUUAUAGACGUGAGUCAGUCCGUGGAACCAUUCCAUCCGCAUGCCUUGGAGUUCCUGUACAGGGAUUGUACAAACGUAGUGGAGUUCUUCACCAAAUGUGGGGUCCCUGAUGUACUGCAGGCUUAUGAGCUUUUUAACAAGGUCACGCGACUGGAAAUCACUCCUGAUCCUGAGCAAAGCUUCCUAUCACAGGUAUUGUUAUCAAGGUAGAUUGUAGGGAGGGGAGGGUGGAGUGAAGGCAUGAAGGAGCACUAACAGAUAAAGAGGGCCGGUUUCAUUUAGCACAAAGUACCUACAGCUGUAUAAGUGAUAUCCCCUGCCCCCUCCUCCACCCCUUUAGCAUAGACCCGCUAGAAGUACUAUUCCCUCCACCCCUCCCCUAUAAAAGAUGCUUUCUGUCACAGGAUCACAGGCGUUAUACUUACAAAGUAGAGAGGUUAGGCAACAAUAAUGGCGACGGCAGCAAAAGAAGUGAAGUCGCGGGUUUUUUUGUGUCUUUGUUUGUCUGUUUCUUCUCAAACUAUCGCGAUUUUUCAAGCUCACUCGAACGGAAUUGAAAUGAAUUGAAUUCUUAUGAGGAUCAUAUUCAAUUUCAGAAAGAAUGUGGUGUAGAUUAAAGCGCCUCUAGUUUAUAUCAAUUGCUUAUUGGUAACUUAUUGUAGAACACACGCUAUUACAUUAAGACGACUCUUGCAAGGUUAGGUGAGUGCUUUUUACCAAUCAUAAAACCAAGUUAGAAAACUUGCAUCAAUUUAGAUUUCUUGGAAACUGCCUACCUGCCCCUCCCUUAAGUUAAAUAUAACACUUACUUCUCACUUAGGGCAAAAUGUUGGGUCAGGGGAGGGGUAGGUGGGCAGUUGCCCUGGAAACCUACAACGAUGUCCCCACUGUCUUCCCUGUUAAGGACGCUUUCUCUUGUUGUAUUGCACACAACGCAGAGAACUGUGAAGGCCCCUAAUUUUUUUAAAUUGCUUUUCAGAUUCAGUCAUAUGAGGUUCAUGAAAUGUCCGUUGGAGGAAGGAAGAACGAGGCACCUUAUGACUUUGAUUACUUCUUUAACAAGACGCAGUCGUAGAAUCAAUAAAGAGCCAUGCAAUUAUCACCAAACUGACCGUAACUGUUGUUUACCAGAAUCAAAGUGCUGAUUUCAAAAGGGCAACUUCUCUGCCUUUUGUAAGUUGCUUUUAAAACGUGAGAAUGUUCUCCAAGGAUCAUAAAACCAAGUCACUGGUCAGUCAUAAUGCGAGAACCAAUCAGAUCACGAAGCGAGUGUACCGUUUUCCUCGAAUAAUAGCCGUCCGUCGAUUAAUCACCUCCCUCGAAUAAUCGCCCUCCUCUGAUGGAAAUAUUUAAGAUAAUCGCCUCCUUCGAAAAAUCGCCCAUCCGCGCUCCUCUCGCCAUCUUCUCUUCCUGUUAUCCCCUCCCUGUCAAGUUGAAGUGCAAUGUGAUCCAGCAAAACUGAUCAAUGACGAUUCAAG